UUCCCUCUUCAGUCUAGCCCCAGACAAUAAAAAGGGCAGCAGUUUAUCUUUUAUAAAAGUUACUAAAAAUCUAUAAAAUAAAAAUGUUCAAGUGGCUGGUUUUGUUGACCAUCUUGGCUUUGGUCAGUGCUGAGAUUCAGCGUAUCAAGAUCCAUAAGAAUCAAGAUCAUAAGAACACCCGUCAGCAUCGCAAGCAGGCCAUCAGGGCUUUGAAACAUAAGUACCAUCAAACGGACGAUCUCGUCAUCUAUGACGAUGGAGUUCCGAUCUAUGUGCAGCCUGAUUAUGGAUACGAUUAUCCCAGCCAGAACUCGGAUGACUACACACCCGAGGAACUGGGCAACUCGAUGAAUAUGUAUUACUAUGGUGAAAUUAGCAUUGGAACUCCGCCGCAGUACUUCAAUGUCAUCUUCGAUACGGGUUCUGCCAACUUGUGGAUUCCUUCUUCCCAGUGCCUGGCCACCGAUGUCGCCUGCCAGCAGCAUAAUCAGUACAAUGCCAGUGCCUCCUCCACCUUUGUGUCCAGCGGUCAGAACUUCUCGAUCCAAUAUGGAACUGGUAGUGUCACGGGUUACCUCGCCAUUGAUACGGUCAUUAUUAAUGGUUUGGCCAUCGCAAAUCAGACCUUUGGAGAGGCAGUUUCUCAGCCGGGAGACAGUUUCACCGAUGUCGUUUUCGAUGGCAUUCUGGGCAUGGGUUUCCAGCAAAUCGCCGAGGAUAAUGUAGUGCCUCCGUUUUACAAUCUCUACGAACAGGGUCUUAUUGAUGAGCCAGUCUUUGGUUUCUACUUGGCCAGGAAUGGUUCCUCCGACGAGGGAGGUCAACUAGCUCUGGGUGGAACCGAUGAAAGCCUCAUCGAUGGUGAGAUGACCUAUACAUCGGUGACCCAGCAGGGUUACUGGCAGUUCAGUGUGAACAACAUCACUUGGAAUGGAACCGUGGUUUCGGAUGGUUGCCAGGCAAUCGCCGAUACGGGUACCUCUCUGAUUGCCUGUCCUCCGGCUGCCUAUACCCAGGUUAACUCCCUGAUUGGCGCCAUGCUUAUCGAGGGAGAUUACUAUGUGCCUUGCUCCACUGUGGACUCACUGCCUGUUUUGACCUUCAACAUUGGUGGCACCAACUUUGAUCUUCCUUCCUCGGUUUAUAUCCAAACCUACACCGAAGGCAACUACACCAGCUGCAUGUCCACUUUCACUUAUAUUGGAACCGAUUUCUGGAUCUUGGGAGAUGUCUUCCUGGGCCAGUACUACUCCGAGUUUGAUUUUGGCCAGAACCGCGUGGGUUUCGCUAAUCUGGCUUAGAUCUUUGACGAACCAACGAACUAGGCUUAAAAAUGGUUAUAAAAAUACAAAAAAAUAAAUAAAUAUAUGCAUAGAAAAGUU